GUAUGUAGCUGUGAUCAUCACAGCUGCAUCGAAUGCCCGCGCUGUGGUGGGCCUUUAGAGGAACUCCAAGAAUCCCAAGAACCACCAAGCCUCCAGCAGCUCCGAGCAUCGCUGCGCGAGCUACUUCACUCCACCAAACUGGUACCUUCCACAAACUACCUCAGGGUUCUGUAUCCGAUCGAGGGCACCACGCAGCUGAUGCGGCUGCUGCAGGACCGCAAUCUCGCCCUCACCGAGCGCCAGCGCAAUGCAUUGCAGUCUGUGGCAAGACGCAGGCAUACGCUGGGCGAGUUUGUUCUGCACGAGGAGCUGCAGAACAAAUUCAAUCAGCUGGGGCUAUAA